AUGCGACGUACCUGCACCAAGGAGCAGAGCUACGACGGCUUAAUGGACCAGCAACGACUGCUCUCCUCUUUCGCAGACACUUUACUGAUAAACUUCGUCAACCGCUUCGGCAACGGAACUUUAGCGGACAACACAGCAGGUGGAAUUGUAUCAUCCUUUACCGGAGGCGCUAUAGUAUCAUCACUCUUCCUCAACGUGCUCUCGGACAAGUAUGGUCGACGGGCCGCCAUCUUCCUCGGAGCCCUAUUAGCAUGCCUAGGAGGCGCACUGCAAGGCGGCGCAAACAAUGUCGCAACUAUCAUCAUAGGUCGGGUAGUCGCUGGUCUGGCCAUUGGGCUGCUAUCGGCCACGAUCCCCAACUAUUGUUCAGAGGUUGCGCACCCGAAAUAUCGAGCCCUUCUUGCUGGGCUACAACAAUGGAAUAUCGGACUUGGAUUUUUAUGUGCCCAAUGGAUCGGCUAUGGAAGCUCGUUGGUCGACGGCCCUUUCAGCUGGAGGUUCCCACUCUCGUUCCAAGUGCUACCAGCCGUGGUCCUUGCAGCAGGAAUUUGGUUUCUGCCCGAGAGUCCUCGAUUCCUCGCUGAGCGCGGAGACACGGUUCAUGCUCAUGCGGUCCUGCAAAGGCUCCACCGAGGUCAAGAGCUUGUUGAAGCCGAGUACAAACGCAUCCAAGACAAUCUUGAAGCGGAGAAAAGGUCUCGCUUGGCGUGGAUCGACAUGUUUCGCGAGCCGCACCUCCGACGGCGGGUGUUGUUGGCUUGUGGGAUACAGCUUUUCACGCAAACAUCGGGGAUCAAUGUCAUCAACUACUACGGGCCCCGUAUCUACAGCUAUCUUAAUUUCAGCACCACCAGGUCUCUAAUGAUUAUCGGCAUAUAUGGUGCCCUCGCCCAGGUCUACAACACCAUCUGCAUCGCAUUUGUGGACCGCGUGGGACGAAGAAAGCUUCUUAUACCAUCCAUGAUUGGUAUGGGAGCAGCGCUCUGCGUCAAUGCCACGCUUUCGCAUUUCUACAUUGAAGGGACACCAGAUCCCGGUCGCAGUAGCAACGCCCUGCGCGCCUGUGUGGCCAUGUAUUUUGUCUUCUCGGUGUUUUUCACCAGCCUGGGAUGCAUUUCCUGGAUUUUCAGCAGCGAGAUCUUCCCGACGGCCAUCCGAGCCAAAGGCACCUCGUUGUCCACGUUCACAAACUGGGCAGUGAACCUCAUCUUUGCACAAUGCUCACCUAUUGCGCUUUCGAAAAUGGGUUACCGAUACUUUUAUAUAUUCAGUGCCUUCAACUGGGUCGCCGCAGUCGUGGUUUAUUUCUUCUACCCUGAGACACAAGGUCAUACCCUCGAGACCGUGAAUGAGUUGUUUGGGGAUUUACAGAUCCACAAUUCUGUUGGCUCGCCUGGGAACGUGACGGCUGCCGCCGUGGAUGGAGAGAAGGUCCGUGUGGAAGAACAAACGACAGCGACAGGCCAAGAUCAGCCUCCUACGUCGGUGAAAGCGAAUUAG